CACGAGGCUGCAUGGACGUGUCCUUCCUCUUUGGACACAGCGACGGGCUGGCUGGCCGACCGUGGCCGUGGAUGCCAUCCGGCAUCGACUUGUCCUUGGCGCCAUUGCACGAGAUGCCCUUGGCUGUGUCUGCCGACGCCCAUUGGGCAUGGCGACCUCGACCUCGGUGGUUGAAAUGGCGUGGGAGGGGGGCUCUGGUAUGCGCGUCCAUCUUCAAGAAUUGACCUUCUCAUUGCUGCUGUCGUCGGAAAGCUGCAAGCCUUGUGGACGUCGUACCGCAGGUUGGCGGUUGGGUCACUUGUAGGGUGGGCGAAUGCCAAAGAGGAGGAUGAGCACGCGAGCACUGCAGAUAUGUUACAUUAUGGCUGCUGGGUCGACUCGGGAGUAUCGCUCUGCAGCC